AUGAAGAAGAGGCUGCUCGCCUUGUUGGCGGUGGUCACCGCGUUUGCCGCCGCGGCGGAGGCGACGGGCCCGGCCAGCACGGUGGUCGCCGGCAUGGUGUUCUGCGACCAGUGCAAGGACGGCGCCCGCGGCCUCUUCGACUACCCGCUCUACGGCGCGCGGGUGGCGAUCCAGUGCGGCGGCGGCGACACCCCUCUGACGGUGCGGGAGAGCAACACCAACUGGUUCGGCGGCUUCUCCAUCCGCAUGGACGGCUCCCCCGACAUGAACCGAUGCACCGCCCGCGUCGUCCAGGGCACCGGCCACUGCGGCGCCGCUGCCUCCGGCGCGCCGCGGGAGCUCACCCUCGCCUUCCGGAUGCUCGGCCUCGCGCUCUACACCGUGCCGCCACUUUUGUCGCAGCCAGAGGAGGCCAUGGACAUGUGCCCAGGACACGAGAGGCAGAGGCGCCCUCCCUCUCUUUUUUCUCCCCCUUUGGCGCCCACGCCCGCGCCGGCUCCUCCGCUUCCCACGCCCUUCUGGCGCCGCAGACCAAGACGGCUGCCGCCCAUCUGGCGCCGGCCGCCGACGUUGCCGCAGGAGCAGCCCCAGCCCCAGCCCAGUUCCAGACCGGUGCCGCCACCAGCGGCGUCGGCCUGCACCUACGACAAGUGGGCGGCGCCUGAGCACAGUUGCCACUGGAAGGUGGUGACCCCGAACACGACGGUGGCGAUGGCGUUCGGACCCCUGGCGGGUCAGAGGUACGGGUCGGAGCUGACGCUGCGGGAGGCGCUGGAGGGGCGCGGGGACAUGUACCGGACGCUGCUCCGGGAGGCGACGGCGGCGCUGCUGAACGCAUACUACAACGCCCCCGGGGGGGCCUUCCUGUACCCGACGACGGCCAGCGUGAUCGACCACAUGAACGGCGCGCUCCUGAGCUCGACGCAGAGGGUGCUGAUCGAGGGCGCGCGCUUCCGCAGGGCCAACGGAGGCGGCGGCGGACCAGACGGACGGACAAGGCUGCCAUGCGACUUGGCGCCCUGCGCUCCGGCCCGACGCUAGCUACGAUCCAGGACUCGC